UGAGAAGAGUACGGACACGACGACGAGCAAUAUAUUUCGGCUUAGCUUAAUUAGUGCAUUGAUUACGUUUCACAUGAUAGAAAUCAUAAAGUAUUUGGCAAUAGAACAUUUCAUCACAGGCAUCGUGACUUAAUAGAGCAUAUAAAAAUAAUGGGCAAGGCUAAAAAAGGGAAGAAAAGUCAGGCUGCUGAGGAUGGUGAUAGUGAUGUGGAAACUACAGCUAUUGAAAGCUCCAAACCUGUCCAAAAUAAGGGAAAAAAGAAAAUAGUUGAGUCAGAUGAAAGCGAAGAUGAGAAACCAAAAUCUAAAAUUAAGCAGAAGAAAUCAAUCGAUUCCGAUGUUAAAGAAGUCACAAAAAGUAUAAAGAAUGUAUCAAUUACAAAUAAGUCUAAGAAAAAAGUGGAUGUCAGUAGUGAAGAUGAAUCAGAAAAUGAGGUUGAGGAAAAACCAAAAAAGAACAAAAAAAAGGAAGAGAAAAGUGCAUUUUCUCUGCUAGAAGUUGAGGAUUCGGCAGGAUCAGCACCUGAAGCACCACCUUCUUCUGACGAUGAAAAACCUCAAAAGUCUCAAAAAAAGGGAGCACAGGAAAAAAAAGAACCUGCUGGUAAGAAAGGAAAAAAAGCUAAGAGAAAGAAGGAUGAUAGUGAUGAGGAUAUAGAAAAAGUUUUAGCAGAACUAGAAAUGGAGUAUUCAGGUGUUAAAAAGGAAAUUGUACCUGCACCGGAAGUUGAGAAACCUUCAGAAGUUGUUGAGGAAAAAGCUAAAACUAAGAAAAAGGGUAAGAAAGAUGAACCUCAACUGGAACAAAAUGAAAACGAAGCUGAAGAUAAAGGUAGUGAUAAUGAAGCCGAUGUUACCAUAAAGACUGCUGCACAGAAGAAAAAAGAAAAGAAAGAAAGAGAAAAGCUAAAAAAACUGGAGGCUAAAAAGAAAGAUAAAGAACAAGAUGGUAAAAAGGAUACAGAGCCAAAAACACCUGCAAAACCAACAGAAAAAAAGCCGGAGAAACCUGCCGAUGAAAAAAUUGAGGAACCCAAAGCUCCUUCUGAAGAAAAAGAAAAGGAUGGUGAGGGUGAGAUGCCAACAGGUGAUGGAAAAAAAAAGAAAAAAGGAGAGAAGGCUGACAAAGAUGAUAAAGGUAAAAAAGGUCCUACCAAGAAGACAAUAGCAGCAAUGCAAGAAGCUUUAAAGAAAGUAAAGGAAGAGGAAGAACGUUUGAAGAAAGAAGAGGAAGAAAGGAUGAAACAAGAAGAAGAGAGAGAACAACAGCGUUUAGAAGCUAUACGGUUAGAAAAAGAACGUAAAGAAAGGAAGAAGCAGAAAGAGAAAGAAAGGAAAGAAAGACUGAAAGCUGAAGGCAAAUUGUUAACCCCCAAGCAAAAAGCAGAGAAAGCUAGGGCUCAAGCAAUGCUUGAAUCAUUAAAAGCUCAAGGCAUAGAAAUUGGCUCCGCUGAGAAAAAACUGCCUCCAAGACCUGGAACUAGAAUUAAGCCCACCAAAUUAAAAACACAAAUGUCACAAGAAGCUCCUAGCACCCCAGUUGAAGAAAAGAAAAUUGAUGUAGAGAUUACAGAUAAAAAAGAAGAACCUCAAAAAGAGGAAGAGAAAAAGGAAUCAGACAAUGAGUCAGUAAAAGAUGCAUGGGAUGCUGAAUCUUCUGAAGAAGAAGUAGAACCAGCUAAACCGGAAUCUGUUCCGGCAGCAAAAGAAGUUAAGAAAUCUGAAUCAGUUGACGAAAAGUCUAAGAAAGAUGAAGAUGAUAGUUCAGAUGAAGAUGAUGACGAUAGUUCAGAAGAAGAAUCAAGUUCCGAAGAAGACUCUGAAGAGGAACAAAUGACGGAUGCGCAAAAGAAACGUGAAUUAGUUUUGAAGAGACUAGAGAAACGGCGCGAGGACAACGAAAAGAAUAAAACGAACAAUCCACUACGAGCUGCUGUUGUGUGUGUACUCGGUCACGUGGACACCGGUAAGACCAAGAUUCUGGACAAAUUGAGAAGAACCAAUGUGCAGGAUGGGGAAGCAGGUGGAAUCACUCAGCAGAUUGGAGCCACUAAUGUGCCCAUUGAGAACAUCAAGGAACAGACUAAACACGUGAAGGGCGUGAAUGAGAUAGCAUUCAAGUUACCAGGGCUGCUUAUUAUAGACACACCCGGUCACGAGUCAUUCAGUAACUUAAGGAACAGAGGUUCUUCAUUGUGUGAUAUCGCCAUUCUUGUAGUAGACAUUAUGCACGGUCUUGAACCACAAACAAUUGAGUCAAUAAAUCUUCUGAAACAAAAGAAGACACCAUUCAUAGUAGCAUUGAACAAGAUAGAUCGUCUAUAUGACUGGCAGAGUGCACAGAGGAAAGAUGUACGUGACAUUCUCAAAAUGCAGCAACCUAACACUCAGCUGGAAUUCGAGAAGAGGAGCAAAGAUGUGAUCAUUCAGUUCGCUGAACAAGGUCUAAACGCAGCUCUGUUCUACUCCAACCCCGACCCGCGCACGUACGUGUCGCUGGUGCCCACGUCGGCCGUGACCGGCGAGGGCAUGGGCAACCUGCUGGCCAUGAUCGUGCAGGCCUGCGAGGGCCCGCUGCACAAGAGACUGGUCUUCUCGCAACAGCUGCUGGCUACUGUUCUCGAGGUUAAAGCUAUACCCGGGCUGGGUACCACGAUUGAUACAAUCCUCAUCAACGGUACUCUCAGGGAAGGAGAUACCAUGGUGUUGGCGGGGACGGAUGGACCCAUUGUUACACAGAUUAGGUCGCUACUCAUGCCUCAACCUAUGAAGGAACUCAGAGUCAAGAAUGCCUAUAUAGAACACAAGGAAGUCGUCGGUGCGCAAGGAGUUAAAAUCGCCGCUAAGGAGUUAGAGAAGGCGAUCGCCGGACUGAACUUGCUCGUGGCGCAGAAGCCGGACGAAGUCGAGGUGCUAAUAGAGGAGGUAGCUCGCGAACUGAAGUCCGCUUUGUCGUCGAUCAAGUUGUCGGACCGUGGCGUUUACGUUCAAGCAUCUACGCUUGGUUCCCUGGAAGCAUUGCUCGAGUUCCUCAGGACUAGCAAAAUUCCUUAUUCCGCCAUUAGGAUAGGGCCAGUUGUAAAGCGUGACGUCAUGAAAGCAUCCGCCAUGUUGGAACAUGAUUCGCAGUACGCAACUAUUUUGGCUUUUGAUGUCAAGAUCGAGCGCGACGCGCAGGAGAUGGCCGAGAACCUGGGGGUGAAGAUAUUCGCGGCGGACAUCAUCUACCACCUGUUCGACAAGUUCACGGCCUACCGCGAGGAGCUCAAGCAGAAGAAGCGCGAGGAGUUCAAGCACAUCGCCGUGUUCCCCUGCAAGCUCAAGAUCUUGCCGCAGUUCGUGUUCAACUCGCGAGACCCCAUCGUUGCGGGAGUGAUGGUGGAGGCGGGAAUCCUGAAGGAAGGGACGCCCAUCUGCGUGCCUAGCCAAGAGUUUGUGGAGUUGGGUCUGGUGACCUCUAUCGAGAUCAACCACAAGCAGGUGGAGACAGCCCGCAAGGGACAGGAGGUCUGCAUCAAGAUCGAACCGAUCCCCGGAGAGUCGCCCAAGAUGUUCGGCAGACACUUCGACGAGACUGAUAUGCUAGUCAGCAAGAUAUCGCGAGCGAGUAUCGACGCCUGCAAGGAUUAUUUCAGGGACGACCUUAUCAAGACCGACUGGCAGUUGAUGGUUGAACUGAAGAAGCUCUUCGCUAUCUUGUAAAGUUUUGUAGUGAAGACAGUAUACGUUACUUAGGAUCUUCUCUCGUUGCGUCACACGAGUCAAUUCGACACGUGCUCUUCUCGCGUCUUAAUAUGUGUCUACAUGUCGUUUACAUGUAAUUUGGAUUCUAUAUUUGCUUUUUUAUAAAGCUCUCAUACUAAAAAGCAAUUUCUGUGGUGCAAAAUUUUUAACCCCCUCGGUCUGUUCCAUCUAAUUAUUCCGUUGUGUCUGAAUCUCAGGACUUUAAGUAUAACUAAUAACCGUCGUUAUUUAGCCGCGCCCGUAGAUACUUUUCUUUCGUAUGUUUUGUAUCAUAUUUUUGUUUUCAAAUUACAUCGAGCAUUCAAUAAUACCUCACUCUGUCGUCUCCAUAUGUAAAUAGUCCAUUAGAAACUAUUUAUUGAAAGUAAAAACGCGUUUCAUUUCCAACCUUUCGGUAUCUUUCAAUGGACGUCAACGUCGAUCGAUUCGAGGGAAAUAAUUUGCAAUUUAAGUAAUAUAUGCCAAUUAUAUUCUAGAUAUACAUUUUAUAUCACUAAUUAUUUGUACAUAUACAAACGUAUGAUUUAUUUACUAUUGUAACUUUAUGUAAAUAGUGUGGCAACACUUGCAUUUUAUUUUUUUUAAUAAAUUUAAAACUUGAACAUGUCAGAGGGUGCAGUAAUUGAUCUCGUAGGAAUGUUUAAUUGACAAUAAUCAUUUCCUUGGUAUCAAAUUAAAUUGGAAUAAAGUUUUGUUAGUGAUGUGAUCUUGAUAAUAAUGAAAUAAAUUUAUAAAAAGUCGCUUAAAUAUAUUAUUUUUUUAAUCUCACCCUUGCUGGCAUAAGGUUUUAACGCGACAAGGCGUCCAUAUAAAAGGUACAGGAGGUUGUAAUUUUUUUAGGUAUUAUCCCUUUUUGAAAUGCUUAUAUUAUAUAGAUGGAAUCGGACAUAUUCUUAUAUUGAAGAAAUUUUAAUAAAUUACAAAAUACGUA